GCUGUAGGGUAUGGGGAAUGUCCCCUACCCCGUCGAGCUCCGGCGACGCCGGCACACCACGCCACCCCCCUCCCGUCCCGUCCUCAGCGGCAGCAUCUGGACGUUGGCGACGAAGCAAAUCUGUUUGAUGAGAUGGAGGAAAAUGCAGCAGCUUUGCAUACUGUGGUGAAUUCGGUACAGGCGUUGGGUAAGGGUUUCGAUGUGAAUUUCGAUACGAGGUUGUUGUAUUGUAAGGGAGUAGCAGGGUCAAAAGUUGUGGAGAUUGAUGAAGAACAUACAAGGGAUGUUUGGAUAUAUGAUAAUUUGGUUGUGCCCAAUGUGUCUAGAGUCUAGAGAUAUAGAGAGUUCUCAGGAUGAGGUUAACCGUGAUAGCUCCGGGGUCUGCAAUUAUCAUCAGGUACUUUCUGAAUGUCAUCUUCAACAUACUCAACAAGAAGAUCUACAACUACUUCCCUUAUCCCUAUUUCGUGUCGGCCAUUCAUUUAGGUGUUGGAGUGGUUUAUUGUCUCGGUAGCUGGACUGUUGGUCUACCUAAACACGUUCCCAUUGACUCAAACCUUCUGAAGCUUCUUAUUCCUGUGGCCUUUUGUCAUGCUCUAGGCCAUGUCACCAGUAAUAUAUCAUUUGCAGCCGUUGCUGUCUCAUUCACCCACACAAUCAAAGCAUGAUCAUUGAAGACGAAGGUAGAGCGAUAUGCGAGUACGACGAAAACGCGUCUACUGGAAAUUCUAUUCCAGUUAGUGGGGAACAACAAGAUUUAAACAUGUUCGCUCUACGUAACGAGUACACACAUCAUAACCUAAAAGCGGACUUCGUGGAGUACAUUUGGAACAACGCUCAAAAUGAACCCGACGACGAUAUGGAAGACGAAGACUAGUAGCUUAUUUUAAUAUAUUAGGAU